AUGAUCUAUUCAAAGAAUUUUACUCGAUACUUUCGAGAGAGAAAGAUCUCAUUUUAUUCUUAUACGUUUUCUCUUCUAGUUAAUAUUCCUGCUAAUGCUACGUGGAAGCAGAACGGAGUGACUAUUGCUGGAGGUAACGGGAGAGGGAAUGCCACUAAUCAACUCAGCUACCCUUAUGGCCUCUUCGUCGAUGGUGAUCAAACAGUGGUUAUUGCUGACUACGUGAAUGAUCGUAUCAUGCAAUGGAAGAACGGUGAUACAACGAAUGGACAAGUUGUUGCUGGUGGUAAAGGCCAUGGAAAUGGAUUACAGCAAUUGUAUGGUCCAACUGAUGUAUUAAUUGACAAAGAGACGGAUAGUCUCAUUAUUUGUGAUCAAGACAAUCGACGAGUUGUGCGACGGUCUCGUCGUAGUGGUGCAACACAAGGAGAAAUACUCAUCGAUAACAUCCAAUGUUGGGGAUUAGCAAUGGAUGAGCAGAGAUAUCUCUACGUCUCUGACUAUGAAAAACAUGAAGUAAGACGAUAUCAAUUGGGUGAGAAGAAUGGCACUCUCGUAGCUGGCGGUAACGGGCAAGGGGGUGGACUCAAUCAACUCAACAUGCCGAGAUAUCUCUUUGUCAAUCGAGAUCAUUCAGUGUACGUAUCAGACAACUGGAAUCAUCGUGUGAUGAAAUGGGUAGAAGGUGCAAAAGAAGGUAUUGCGGUCGCUGGAGGACAAGGUGAAGGGAAUGCUCUGACACAAUUGUCUUAUCCUUAUGGAAUCUUCGUUGAUACGUUUGGUACACUCUAUGUAGCAGACUCGCAGAAUCAUCGUGUAAUGCGUUGGACUCAAGGAGACAAGAAACAAGGCGCUGUAAUUGUGGGUGGAAAUGGUCAAGGAGAAGGAGCAAAUCAGUUAAGCUACCCCUGGGGUUUGUCUUUCGAUCGACAUGGUAAUCUCUAUGUCGUCGAUAAUGGUAAUAAUCGUGUUCAACGAUUUUCUAUUGAAUAA